CGCACAUACCUUUAUGGCUCUCAACCUGGAACUCUACGACGAGUUCGGCAACUACGUCGGCCCGCCACUCUCGUCCUCAUCCUCCUCGGCCUCGUCGUCUUCGUCAGACACCGACUCUGACGACGAAGAUACUGCUGCUGCUCUUCAUGCGCCUGUGAGAGUCAGAGAUACCUCGUCGUCUAUCGUUCUGGCCGAGGACAAGGUAUACUAUGCUAGCUCUGCAGAGGUCUUUGGUCAAGGUGUGGAGACCAUUGUGGCUACUGCUGAUCGACGCUCUCUCAACGAACCUCUUGUGGCACCACAUGCUGGCAAGCAAUCUGACGUCAACUUUGUCAAUGAUUAUGUGGCUAAAGUCGACGAGACUACCUCGGCCGGUGAUCCUGUCCCGCGCCUUGUCUACUCGCCCGAGUACUUGGCUGCUACUGCUCGCGACCCGCGCCGGGUUCGCUGCCUCGCCCUCGUCGGUCCACUUCACUCAGGCAAGACCCUCCUCGCAGACGUCCUCCUCGCCGAUGCCCACGCCGACCGCUCGCUCUUUGCCGGCGCAAAGUCCAAGGUCUCGCUCGGCAACAUGACCCGCGAGUCGGCUUUUACCGCCACCGUCGCCGACCUUGCCACUCCGCACCUCCCGGACAUCCUCCCGCUUGGCAAGUCGCGCUUCCUCGACUCCCGCGCCGACGAGAUGGCCCGCCGCAUCUCCAUCAAGUCCUCGCCGGCCACCGUGCUCCUCCCCGACGCCGCCGGCCGCUCGCACGUCCUCAACAUCAUGGACACUCCGGGUCACGUCGCCAUGCGCGGUGAAGUUGCCCCCGCCCUCCGCGUCGCCGACGGCGUUGUCCUUGUCGUCGACGCUGUCGAGGGCCUGCUCGCCCGCGGCAAGGCCCUCAUCGCAGCCGCAGCAGCCGGAGCUCUCCCGCUCGUCCUGGUCAUCAACAAGCUUGACCGCCUCGUCCUCGAAGCCCGCCUCCCGCCCAAAGACGCCUACCAUAAGCUCCGCCACCUCAUCGAGGCCGUCAACGACGAGCUCGCCCUCGUCUCCUCCGGCACCUCCAUCCCCUCGGUCUCCCCCGUCGACGGCUCGGUCGUGUUUGCCUCGGCCCUCCACGGCUGGACCCUCUCGCUCCCACUGCUAGCCGCCCGCACCCUCGCCGCCUCGCCCGCACACCCGGACAACCCGGCCGCCGUCCCGCCUGCCGCUGUCGCCGCACUCGCCAAGCGCCUCUGGGGCGACGCCUACUACUCGCCCGCCUCGGCGAAGUUUACCAAGCGCCCGCCGUCCAAGUCGGCCCCGCGCUCGUUUGUCACCUUUGUCCUCGAACCCAUGUACAAGAUCUACACCGCCGGCCUCACCACCCCGCCCGCCGCCCUUCCAGAUGUCAUGGCCGCCCACGGCGUUGCCCUCACCCCCGCUGAAGCUGCCUCGCACCCGGCCACCCUCCUCCGCCUCCUCGCAAGCCGCGCGCUCUGUGGUGCGCCAUGGGAGCCUUCAACCGCCCUCGUUGCCGCUGUCGCCAGACAUCUCCCACACCCGGUCGCCGCCCUCGGCCCCAAGCUCGCCCUCGCCUACAUGGGUCCGCCCAUUGCCCUCAUCCCGCGUGCCGAAGAUGACCCGGCCCCCUCGGCCGCCGGCGCCGCUGACCCUUUCGGCCUUGUCGCCUAUGAGUCCGAGCUUGCCGACACCGCCCCGCCGUCCUCGCAAAUUCUCAGCCUCGACGACGCCACCGUCCCGGCAUCGCCGGCACACCUCCUCGUCAACGUCGUCAAGCUCUACCCUUGGGGCGGUGCCGGCGCCCUCGUCGCUUUUGGCCGCGUCGUCGCUGGCACCCUCACCGCAGGCGCCUCCGUCACCCUCCUCGAAGAGGGCUACGUCCCCGGCGGCCGCUUCGGCGCCGCCCCCGAUGAGGGCACCUCGGCCGUCACCGUCUCCAAGCUCUGGAUCCCUGUCGGCCGCUACCGCAUCGCCGUUCCGUCCGCAGGCCCCGGCGCCUGGGUUUACAUCGGUGGCAUCGCGUCUUCGUUUGCCCGCACCGCAACCCUGGUUGCCCCCGAUGCCCUCCGCCCGACGCCGGACGUCUACGCCUUUGCCCCGCUCCCGCUUGACGUCGACAACGAAGCCGUUGUCAAGCUCGCCCUCGAGCCGCUUGUCCCCUCGGAACUGCCCAAAAUGCUCGACGGCCUCCACAAGCUCCGUCAGACCUACCCGCUCCUCGAGACCCGCGUUGAAGAGUCUGGCGAGCGCCUCAUCUUUGGCACCGGCGAACUCAUGCUCGACUCGGCCCUCGCCGACCUGCGCAACGAGUUUGCAGGCAUCGAGAUCAAGGUCUCAGACCCGGCCGUCAAGUUCUGCGAGACCGUCGUCGAGCCAUCGUCGCUCCAGACCUAUGCCACAACGCCCAACGGCGCAAACACCCUCACCGUCAUGGCCGAGCCGCUCGGACGUCCGCUCACAAACGACCUUGCCGCCGGCGAGCUCUCCCUCGCCUGGGAGCCCGACGACCUAAUCGACGUCAUGGAGUCCAAGUACAACUGGGACGCCCUCGCCGCAGCCUCCAUCUGGGCCUUUGGCCCGGACCCGGCCCGCGGACCCAACAUGCUCCUCGAUGACACCCUCGCCGGCGGCUGCGACCCGGCGUCUGUCGCCCCUGCUCGCGCUGCCAUCACUCAGGGCUUCCGCUGGGCCACAAAGGCCGGCCCGCUCUGCGACGAGCCCGUUCGUGGCGUUCGCUUCUCGCUCCUCGACGCCACUCUCGCUGAUGCCUACGCCGACCGCUCCUCCGGCCAGAUCAUCCCCACCAUGCGUCGCGUCACAUACGCCUCCAUGCUCAUGGCCACACCGCGCCUCAUGGAGCCCAUUUACGCCGUCGAAAUCUACACUCCGCCAGACGCAGUCUCGGCCGUUUUUACCGUUGUCUCCCGCCGCCGCGGCCGCGUCCUCGGCGAGUUGCCCAAUCCCGGCACGCCGCACAUCAUCGUCUCCGCUGAAAUCCCCGUCAUCGACUCGUUCGGCUUUGAGACUGACCUCCGCGUCCACACCCAGGGCAUGGCCUUUUGCUCCCUCACUUUUGACCACUGGGACGUCCUCCGUUCAGACCCGCUCGACGCCUCCAUCGAACUCGCUCCACUCGAGCCGGCCCCGCCUGUCGCCCUCGCCCGCGACUUUAUGCUCAAGACUCGCCGCCGUAAGGGCCUCACCCCGCAUGUCUCCAUUGCAAAGUACAUCGAUGACGAGACCCUGCUUCAGGCUGCAACCGCCCAGCUGUAUGCCGCCUAUGAGGGCUGACUGCCGAUGCCUUCG